AUGUCAUCGGCAAAUGAUACUUAUCUUAAUCUACUCGUUCAAAUGCAACCAAAAAGUAUUUUAAAAAAGUCUCCAUCACCAAGAUUUCCGGAUACAUCGAUAAAUCUCGAUGAUGAUCAUGAUUCGAACAUUAUUUCAUCAUCGUCUUAUGAAAACGAGAAAAACUAUAUUGACAUAGAUGAAACCAGUAAUAAUCACAUAUGUAUACUUAAUGAUAAUCAAUCCGAUGAAAAGAAUAUUUCAACACAAUCUUCUAUCGAAACUCCAUUUACUAAAUUAAUAACAUCAUCACAAGAAAAUUUAUGUCAAACUGGCAUUGAUAAUCAUACAAUACGAACUUUUCCACGCGCUGAUUCAACAUCAUCAUCAUCAUCAUCAGUUCUCGCAUCAGGUGAUGAACAAAAACAACAACAACAACAGUCUAAACGUAUUAAAAUGAAACCAAAGAAAACUUAUUCUAGACCAUUUAUUACCACUAAUAUAGUCUCUUCAUCGGCAUCGUCAAGUGAUAAUAAUGAUGAAAGAAAAGCAAAACGAUCCUUACAAGGAUCUAAAAUAACGAUUAUACGUUCCGAUAAACAUCGACACAAAGAUAUGCAACUUGAUGAAUUCAUGCGCAAGUAUCAACAGCAAGGAGGUAUCUAUAUACCACCAAAAGAAAAUCAUGAUGAAGAACAAAUAACAACAGAUAAUCAAAUAAACGAUGAUGAUGAUCAACAGUCAUCAAUAAUACAACAACAACAGAAUUCAUCUAGUAAGAAAGAAUCAUUUAAUGAUGAUACAAUAAGUUUAUUAAAAUCAAUUGAUGCAAUAACAUUAUCACCGGCAUCUCUUUCUCCUUUACAAUUAUUAUUUGAUGUUGCACGUACAAAUCAAUUUAAUCGUCGAACUAAAAUCGACCAUAUUCGUCAAUAUGUUGAAGAACAAAUUGGUAUAUCAGCUUUUUUAACAAUUUAUAAACUAAUUAAAUCAUCACAAAUACCUAUUGAUAUACGACAAAAACCAUUUUGUCAUUAUGCAAAUUUUAUUCCUCAUCUAUGCUGUUUAAUUAUGCUUGAAAGUGAACAACAAAAAAAAUCGAUUGUUAAAUAA